AUGUUCGCCGUCGAAGACCCAGGGACGGGCCGAGUCUUCGCCCACUGUCCUAGCAACCGCCUUCCUGACGUUGAUCAAUACGUCGAAUCCGCGCAGGCCGCGUUCCUCAAAUACCGAGAAGCAAACCCCAGGGAGCGGGCCAAGCUCCUUCUAAGCUGGCACAACCUGAUCACCAAUGCACGAAGCGAUAUCGCCAAACUCAUAGUCCAUGAGACAGGCAAACCAAUAACAGAAGCUCUGGGGGAAGUCGAUUACGCACUCGGAUUUGCAUGGUGGUUCUCCGGGGAGGCUGAACGUGUCCGGGGCUCAGUCGCUCAGCCAUCCGUCUCUAACAGACGCACGCUGGUAAUCAAGCAGCCGAUCGGCGUCAGUGUUGCCUUAGUACCUUGGAACUUCCCUGUUGCGAUGACAAUCCGUAAGGCUGCAGCGGCUUUAGCUGCGGGCUGUACAAUGAUCAUCAAGCCCUCGCCUGAGACUCCGCUCAGCAUACUAGCGCUUGCAGACCUGGCGUUGAGGGCCGGGUUUCCACCAGGCGCUUUGAAUAUUAUCACGACAGAUAACGAGAAUACUCCGGUGGUUAGUGAGAGAUUGUGCAAGCAUCCGCUCGUGCGCAAAGUCACGUUUACUGGUAGCACUGCUGUUGGUUCGAUCAUCGCGAAGCACUGCAGUGAUGGGUUGAAAAAAAUCACUCUCGAGCUAGGUGGGAACUGUCCAUUCCUAAUUUUCGACGAUGGUGAUCUUGACCAAGCUCUGGCUGCACUAAUGAUCUUGAAAUGGCGGAACGCCGGACAGGCAUGCACUCACGCCAACCGAGUCUACGUCCAAAGUGGCGUUUACGACAAGUUCCUAUCCAUACUAAUUAAUGCCACAAAGAAAAAUCAAGUCGGCCACGGCGCAGCCCCUCGCACCACAAUGGGAGCAUUGACAACAACUCGCGGCUUGGACAAGAUGAAACGGCAUAUUGCCGACGCUAUUUCCAAGGGUGGAAAGGUUGCCUAUGGUGGGAAGAGAUUAACAAAUCUGUCUGGAAACUUUUUCGCGCCCACAAUCAUUUCGGGAAUGACGCCCUCCAUGCUAACGAGUCAAGAGGAGAUCUUUGGUCCGCUACUUGGACUGUAUCACUUUGAGACGGAGGAGGAAGCUGUCCGCCUGGCGAACGAUACUAGCAUGGGGCUUGCCGCAUACUUCUUUACCAAAGAUACUAGUCGCACAUGGAGGUUGCUGGAGAGCCUUGAAGCCGGAAUGGUAGGGAUGAAUACAGGUAACGCUUCUGCAGCAGAGUCUCCUUUUGGAGGUAUCAAGGCUUCAGGUUAUGGAAAGGAGGCGGGCAAAGAUGUGGCGAUAGAAGAGUACCUGAUUUCGAAGACUGGGACUUUGACUGUCGAAUCCGUUUCGAAGCUUUAA